AUGCUUAAGUCCAAAAAUACUAGUAUUAUUGAUAAGUUAGAAAAAUAUCAAAUUAAUGGGUCUAUACAACGUUGGUUCCAAUUUUGGGACGCAACGUUAAGACUAAAGAACUGGACACCGACCGAUCAAGAAAAUAAGGACCUGUUCAUGGUGAGUUUUGGCGCUGAGGGCAUUGACAUUCUCGAACAAUAUUUAUUUCCUGAAACCAUUCUAACAACUAAAUUUGAUAAGAUAAGGAGUGUCUCGCUACAUAUUUUUGAGAAGAAUAAAACCAUUUUCGGUAGUAGAUUAGACUUCAUAAGGUUAAUUAGGAAUGAGAAUGAACCAAUUGGAGAGUUCGCUAAUAGAAUCAAAAUAACUGCGAAAGCGUGUUGUUUUACGCCGUCAGAAGUUGACCGCCGGUUAAGAGAUCAAUUAGUUGCGGGUAUAGAUCUACCAGGUCUCGAAGUUGAACUUAGGACUAAAUAUCCUUUAGCAUUGGAUGUGAACAAAAAGCCCCUGACGUUCCAGUUCGUGCUAGAUAUGGCCACGGCAACAGAAAAUGCUCAAAACGAAAUGACUAUCAAGAAAGACUUGGUAAAUAGUGUCAGACCGCAAGAUUGCAAACAUAAAAUGCCUAAUUCACAAGAGUGUGUUAAGAGAGACAUUAAUUAUAGGAAGUCUAAUAACAAGGGAUUAAAUAAAAGGGCAAAGAUCAUAGCCAAAAUAAAUGGACUUAGUGUCACUUUUGAUUAUGAUACAGGAGCACAAGCCUCUAUUAUAGGAUUGAAUAUUUGGGAGAAAAUUGGCAAACCACUAACAUCUUCCACAAACCCAUUAGCAGCCUAUGGAGAUAAACCUUUGGAUCUUAUGGGUGAAGCCAUGGUUUGUGUGCAAGUGGGGAAGGAAAUUCGCAAUUUAUCAGUUAUUAUAAUAAAGUCAAAUGACCUACCUCUGUUUGGGUUGCCAUGGAUUUUAGCAUUUGGGUUUGAGUUACCGAGACAGGUAAGCAUACAACAGGUUCUCAAAACGAAUAGAAAAACAAUAACUUCAAGUUGCCACCAAACCAAAGAUGACCAGAUGGGCCGCUCGAAUACAAUCGGUGCCCCUGCGGGCCGAAGCCCCGAUUGGCCGUUCGAAUACAAUCGAUGCUCACACGGAUCGAGGAUGUCACUAACGGAAGACAUAAUGGGGCAUUUGUUAGCUAAACAGUUUAAAGCUGUUUUUGACGGCAAACCGGGGUUGAUACGUAAUUUCGCUGUGCGACUCCAAUUAAAAGAUACGGCUGUUCCAAAAUCGUUUCCAGCUCGUCGAGUGCCAUUUCCAUUACGCAGAGCGGUUGAACUAGAACUUGAUCGGCUUGUGGCUGCGGAGAUUUUGGAGCCCAUCGAUUCAUCUAUAACUAGGGUGCCAUGGGCAACCCCAACAGUAAAUGUCAGGAAAAACAAUGGCGAGAUUCGUAUUUGCGCAGAUUUCAAGGUGAGUUUAAAUCCCCAUCUAUUAUAUGAUCAUCACGUUAUUCCUACGCUGGAUGACUUAUUGGUUAAGAUUCAAGGGGGGAACCGUUUUACGGUGAUAGAUUUAAAGGACGCGUAUCUACAAAUGGCCGUUGAGCCAGAGUCCCAAGAAUAUUUGGUCAUCUCAACACAUAAAGGAUAUUUUCGAUACUAUGGAUGCCGUUUGGGCUUUCGUGCGCACCAACUAUUUUCCAGCGUUACAUGGACAAUGUUUUGA